GGGAAAUCUGAACAUCCUAUACAACCCAAGUCCCCCGAGAGGAAGCAUGAUGUUCUGAGCCUAAUUUAAUUUAGGAAUGGACAAAUAGAGGGAGAGGGCUAAAACUGGGAAGUGAGAGAGCAACUAAAGGUUUGUUCAGGAAAUGAAUGGUAGAUUAGACUGGACCCACCUCAAAGCCACAUGGAGUCCAAAGGUCUGUUUACAUGCAGUACUGCCCUACACCCCGAACAAGACCACAUAGGGAAACAGUGCCAGAGUUAAGGCUCAAGCUACACACAGAAGACAGGCGUAGAAAGUGAGGCUCUAUACUUCCCCACACCUCACCCCAAUUCUGCACCAGUUGAGGCUCCGGGAUCACUGCUCAGAGGAGGCGCUCGCCCUCCAGACUAAGACCCUGCUCAGGGCAAGCAGCGCCAGCCUGGUGGAGGAAGAGGCAAGCCUGACCUAGGGCCUCUACAAAAACGAGGUCCUUAAGCCUGUUCUGUCCGGAAUAUCGCGCUACAUCCCCAAGCUCGUCCAUCACGGCUGAUCGGAACCCUUCUCCGUGAGCAUUCCCUCCCAAAUUUCGCCUUCGCCCGCCCGCCAGACUUUCUCACACACACACACACCCCGCCCGCCGUUAGAAAGAUGGCGAAGAUACACUUCCGGCAAGUGUUCUUACGAAUGCAUCCGGGCGUCUGCAGCAGGUACCGCCCAAGGCGUUCCGGCCCCUUUGCUGCACAGCCAACAACGGUGAUGGCGGGCAGACAGUCGGGUUGGAGCCAGGCAGCUCUUCUCCAGUUUCUUCUUGGCAUGUGCCUAACAGUGAUGCCACCCACCCAAGCCCGGAGUCUGCGCUUUGUUACCUUGCUGUAUCGACAUGGAGAUCGGUCACCAGUGAAGACAUAUCCCAAGGACCCCUAUCAGGAAGAGAAAUGGCCCCAGGGGUUUGGUCAGCUAACCAAGGAGGGGAUGCUACAGCACUGGGAGCUAGGCCAGGCUCUGAGGCAGCGCUACCAAGGCUUUCUGAACACCUCUUACCACCGGCAAGAGGUUUAUGUGCGAAGCACUGACUUUGACCGUACUCUCAUGAGUGCUCAGGCCAACCUGGCUGGACUCUUCCCUCCCAGUGAGGUGCAGCGCUUCAACCCUAACAUUUCAUGGCAGCCUAUCCCUGUUCACACUGUGCCCAUCACCGAAGACAGGUUGCUGAAGUUCCCGCUGGGCCCAUGCCCCCGUUAUGAACAGCUGCAGAAUGAGACUCGGCAGACACCAGAGUAUCAGAACAGGACUAUUCAGAAUGCACAAUUUCUGGACAUGGUGGCCAAUGAGACAGGGCUUACGAACCUGACCCUAGAGACCAUCUGGAAUGUUUAUGACACACUCUUUUGUGAGCAAACACAUGGGCUGCUCCUGCCGCCCUGGGCCUCACCCCAAACGGUGCACCGUCUGAGCCAGCUCAAGGAUUUCAGCUUCCUCUUCCUCUUCGGGAUCCACGAGCAAGUACAGAAGGCCCGACUUCAGGGGGGAGUUCUUCUGGCUCAGAUACUGAAGAACCUGACACUGAUGGCAACCACCUCCCAAUUCCCUAAGCUUCUGGUUUACUCUGCGCAUGAUACCACCCUGGUUGCUCUGCAAAUGGCACUGAAUGUCUACAACGGGAAACAAGCCCCCUAUGCUUCCUGCCACAUAUUUGAACUGUAUCAGGAAGACAGUGGGAAUUUCUCCGUGGAGAUGUACUUUCGGAAUGACAGUAAGAAGGCACCCUGGCCUCUGAUCCUGCCUGGCUGCCCUCACCGCUGCCCACUACAGGACUUCCUCCGCCUCACAGAGGCUGUCAUACCCAAGGACUGGCAGAAGGAGUGCCAGCUAACAAGUGAUACUGCAGACACAGAGGUGAUUGUGGCCUUGGCUGUCUGCGGCUCCAUCCUCUUCCUUCUCAUAGUGUUGCUCCUCACAGUCCUCUUCCGGAUGCAGGCCCAGCCUCCUGGCUACCACCAUGUUGCAGACAGGGAAGACCAUGCUUGACAACCACUCAGUCCCCUUCCCUCCGCCUCCUAGGGGAGGUGGGCUGAGUCCUCGCUCAUGACUAUUGCUGAUCCCAGCCCACGGACAGGAGUCCCUGGGUUUAGCCCCCCGAUUACCUAAGCCCAAAUGAAUGAGGGAGGCUCGACCGGGCGCAUGGCACCUUGGACUCACCACCUCCAUGCCUGAUGUUUACCAUGUCCUGUGUUGGACACUGGCCCUCUCCGGUGGGAUCUGCCUCUUCUAUACUCCCUAAGGACCUGAGAUACAGACUAGCAUUCAGCUUUCACUCAGGACCUGGGACAAAAAAAAAAAACAAAGCCGAAGAGGCCGGUGCUUGGCCUGCCUUGCUCUCCCACCACGCCUUCUUCUUUGUUCUCUAGCCCACAUCUUUGGCAAUGGCUUAGAGGACAUUGUCCCUUGGUACUUUUUUAGAGGCAAAAACUGCGAAUCACUGGGAGCAUAAAAUGUGGCUAUAAGGAACUGGAUCAUCCAACAGCAAAGCUUCCCUGUGGCUGAGGCUACUGUUAGCGUCAACCCUUGGCCUGAGCAGGUGUCUCAGGAGGUCUGAAGGAUACUUGUACUAUACCUGGAGAAGUGGAGGCCAUAGGCAGCAGAGAAACACAUCAUGAAGUGACCCUCCCUGAAGUAAACGCAGGGGUGACUGGACUGUUGACUGUGGCCCCAGAGGGCUGAAGUGUUCCGGAGAAAAUGAAGGUCUGACUGUGA